CUUCAUUUCUUGUCCCACUAACUAGUUCCGGCAGUUACCUGAGCGGCGCUAGGACCCAGCGGAGCAGGUCACCUUUACAACCAGGAGAGGGCGGCUCCACCUCGGCUGGAUGAGUUUGACCAAAGUUCCUCUUUAAAAUACUGUUACCUGUUUACGGUGAACUCACCUGUGGAGAGGGAAGUUCCUGGUCACUGACUGAGCGGAGAAAAGUUUGUCCUGCAGUUAUGUGUUCCAGUCGGGGUUUAUGUGGCGACAACAACCGUCCCAACAGAUCCUCCAACUCAGAGGGCUCCGGUUCAGGCGCUCACUAUGCCCUGUGCGCCCUGGGAGUGGGACUCGUAGCCCUGGGUAUCAUCAUGAUAGUGUGGACUGUGAUACCGGGAAGAGAGGACUCCACCACCUCAUCAAGUAACACCACUUUAGAGCAAAAAGAAGAUGAGGACGGCAAAGACGACUCGAACUCUAAGAAAGUGGCUUACGUGCUGGUUGGAGUUGGGGCAGCAUUGUUGCUUUUAUCCAUCGGCCUCGGUGUGACGAGCAAGAGGAGACAACGCAACGCAAGAGACCAGCCAGCGGCAACAGCAGUCCCCCUCGUGAACCAGACGGCAUGGGGGCAGGAGCAAGCAGCUAGAGCAGAAGAACCUACAUACAACGUGCCAACCUACGACGAGGUCGUCGGCAGUGACACCUACCCCGUCCGCCAGAGCAACCUUCUAGAUGCCACUUCCCAGCUGCCGUCCUACGAGGACAUCCUACUUGCUGUGGCAAACGAGGAAACAGAGCCCACUGAAAACCCCACCGAGGACACCCCUCUUAACGACUCCACACCAGCUCCAGGUGAACCUGCUGCUGAGCUCCCUGCUGACCCUCCUGGCAUUUCAUCACAGCCCAGCCUGCCCAGCCUGCCCACCCGAAGCGUCAGCCGGGCCGAACGUUUACUGCGGCCCCUCCUGGUGAGGAGGAUUAAGUCAGACAAACUGCACCUGAAGGCCUUCCGGCUCCAAAUCCGCAGCCCCACGCAGAAUCCAGUGACCAUUGAACCCAUCACUCCGCCACCGCUGUAUGACAAUGACAAUGAGAUGCCUGAAUUAGAGUAGUGUCUCUCACUGCCUGCUCCCGAUGAAUAUAAAUAUGCCGUUAUAUGGACUAAUGAUAACAUUUCUGAGAACCCAUUUUUUUCAAGAUUGGUAUUACGUAGGUGAAAAGUGUCUGUGAGCAGCGUGAUGGAGGCCGUGCAGACACACUCCUGAAACGAGAACAUUGUCUUCAUCACUGAAGCUUGUGAUCAGCAUAUUUAUUCUAUAAAUAUAGCAUAAUUACGUCUGUGUGAAUGGAUCAGCUGUCAAAGUUGAGAACUCUUAUGCAGUUUAUGUUUUUUCACUUCAUGAGGAACUCUUAAGGAUGCUGUAUAUUGAUGCUGAUUAAUUGUGGAAAAAUGUAAACAAUAUUGUUGUGAUUCAAAAGGGGAAGAGGGAACUAAUAACCUGGGAGAUUUUAAAGUGGUAUUAAGGAUCAUAAGCAUGAGAUGUGCAACCUUUUUGUUAUUUGUAACUCUGAAGAAAUUGCACCGAGGCCAAAGAUGUAUGAUAUGUUGUAGAUGUUUGUUUGUGAGUGCUUUUUGUAUGUUGUUUUUAAAUCUAUUGUUUUAAAACAAACUGUUUUUUGAAAAUGAAAAUGACAUCUGUAUGACAUCCAGUGUGAAUUGUAAAAUACUGGAAACGCCAGGAACAAUUAUAAUCUACUGUAAAAGUAAAACCAGAGGAAAAUUAUUGGAUAUUCUGGGAUGUGUCAUUAUCAUUUAAACAUACAUCGCUUCAUAUGACUUUUAUAAGUGUUUAGAUGUUUAAACUAUGCUGUAGGAUGUUUGUAAAAAGUGGUGAAUAAAUGUUUUUCUAUUUCAUUUA